CUGUCCGCCUUCCAGACCAUUUCCACGCUGCCCGAGGGACACACCGAGCGCAACACCUGCUCGCAGAUCCAGAUUACGUCGGACGGCCGCUUCCUGUUCGUCCCCAACCGGGGCCACAACAGCAUUGCCAGCUUCUCGGUUGACGCGCAGACCGGUGCUCUCACGGCGGCCGGCCGUGCCUCCACCGAGGCCGUCCCCAGCGCCUUCAGCCUGGACCCGCAGGGCAAGUUCGUGUUCGGGGCCGGGUCGGCCACUGGGCGCCUCUCCUCCCACAGCAUAGACGCCGCCACCGGCGAGAUGACGCCCCUGGCAACCUACGACGUGGGCGCCCGUCCCAUGUGGGUGCUGACGACGACACUGGGGGAGUAA